AGUUGCCCCAGCAACAGCCAGGGAACCCAAGGCGAGCGCGGUCGCAGAAGUGUUGCGCCUCAGAUCUGUCGCUGCCAGGAAGGUCCUGGGAGAAGCGCAAGCCAGGCCUUAUCGGCGCCCGCGGAGAAAAGGACUGGUCAGGCCUAUGUACUACAAUCCUCACAGCUGCCUUCGUUUCUCCUAACGGUUAAGUGCGCUGAGGAUCAUGGCUGAGGUGCACGUGAUUGGGCAGAUCAUGGGGGCCACCGGUUUCUCUGAAAGUAGCCUCUUCUGCAAGUGGGGCAUCCACACAGGGGCAGCAUGGAAGCUCCUGUCUGGUGUGCGUGAGGGCCAAACACAGGUGGACACCCCUCAGAUAGGGGACAUGGCCUAUUGGUCUCACCCCAUAGACCUACACUUUGCUACCAAAGGUCUCCAAGGCUGGCCCCGGCUCCAUCUCCAGGUGUGGUCCCAGGACAGUUUUGGCCGCUGCCAGCUUGCAGGCUAUGGCUUUUGCCACGUGCCCAGCAGCCCAGGCACCCACCAUCUGGACUGCCCUACUUGGCGGCCCUUGGGCAGCUGGAGAGAGCAGCUGGCGAGGGCCUUUGUGGGUGGUGGGCCACAGCUGCUGCAUGCGGACACAAUCUACAGUGGGGCAGACCGCUAUCGCCUGCACACAGCUGCUGGUGGCACUGUGCACCUUGAGAUUGGCCUGCUGCUGCGCCACUUCGACCGCUAUGGAGUGGAGUGCUGAGGGACCCUGCCUUUAACAUUCGGUCCUCAUCACACCCCUAGAUACCUGCUGAGGGCAGGAUGGCCCGGUAGUCAAGAUGAGGGGCUCUUGAGACUGUCAGGCCUUACCCCAGCCAGUGCAUGGCCCUGGUUCUGUCCUAGGUCAGUGCCUCCCUGGAGGCACAGUUUCCCACCGGGCAGUAUGAGGGCCACAGGGAUAGGGGUAGAAGAGGCUACUUGGCACAUAGGAGGUGCUCAAUAAAGGC